UCCAUGUUUCUAACCAAGAGUUUACUAUUUUGACGCAUAAAAUAUUCCCGUUUAAAACAAUAACAUGUUUUUUUUUUUUCCUUUAUUUACAAAUUUGGAAGAUGAUUCGUCUUGUUUGACAAACAUGUAAAUUACUGUAUGUUUUCCGCUUAAGAAAUAUGUCGGAAGCAAACGAUUACACGAGCGACUCGGAUAACUCCGAUGACGAAAUUGAGCCCAAAUUAAAGUACGUCCGCCUAUCCAACGACCUCCAAAGUAUACUUUUAAAGUCCUCCGCUACAUGCAUUGCCGUGCAUACCAAGUUUAUUUGCCUCGGCUCCCACAGCGGCGUAAUUCACAUCCUGGACCAUCAGGGCAACAGCAUUGAGGGCAAAGAACUGAAAGCUCAUAUUGUCAGUGUAAAUCAAAUUUCGGUUGAUAAUACCGGCGAAUACAUAGCCACUUGCUCAGACGAUGGUAAAAUCUUUAUCCACGGACUUUUUUCCAAAGAAAACAACUGCAGUUUAAACGUCGACCGACUUGUAAAGACUGUGGCUUUGGAUCCUAAUUAUUGUAGAUACCCCACCAACAAAAGGUUCAUCACUGGCGAUGAUAAGCUUACACUUUAUGAGAGGACUUUUCUGGGGGGUCUAAAGCCGACUGUGCUUUGUGAGAGCGAAGGACUGGUGAGAAGUUUAUGCUGGGGCGAUAAUUUUCUCGCAUGGUCGAGCAGUAUAGGGGUGAGGGUGUUUGAUAUCAAUGCAAGGUGUUCUUUAGGACUGAUCAAAUGGGAGGAGCAUCCAGGACUAUCAAUAGAGAAAUUCCGCUGCAAUUUGAGGUGGGCCGACGGUAAAACACUCUUAAUAGGAUGGGUCGAUACGGUUAGGGUGUGCGCCAUAAGGAAGCGCAGCAAUAUGGAGUUGGCAAAUAGGUCUCUGCCUGAAUAUUUAGUAGAUCCAAUUUCCACAUUCCAAACAGAGUUCUAUAUUAGCGGCAUCGCUCCGCUUGACCAUCAGCUUGUACUUCUGGGCUACCCCAAAGAACUGGAUGAAAACCAAAAGAGUUUACGCCCCCAAUUGUAUAUAGUAGAGUAUAAAGACAACGAUUAUAUAGAUAUAUGCACGGACAGCCUUUCGUUACGCGGCUACGAGGAAUACGGCGUCAACGACUAUCAUCUGGACGUGUUGGUCGAAGAGAAUCGUUUCUUUAUAGUGGCGCCGAAAGAUGUAGUUAUUGCUAGUCCUUACGAUUUAGACGAUCGGAUCCAGUGGUUCAUACAACACACCAAAUUCGAAGAAGCCCUCGACAUUUUGAUUAGGAACGACGGCCGGAACGUGCACAGGCACACCAUCCAAUCGGUGGGCGUUGAUUAUCUGGACCAUCUGUUGCGGAACGGCAGUUACGACAUGGCGGGCAGGCUGGGACUGAAAAUUUUCGGCCGAAACCCUUCGCUGUGGGAAGACCAGAUAUACAAAUUCGCCAGCGUUCAAAAGCUCAGGUCCGUUAGCCCCUACAUACCCAAAACUCUGGAAUCCAAACUCAAUCCGCAUAUUUACGAGAUGAUUUUGUACGAAUAUCUAAAACUGGACGCUCAGGGAUUUUUGCAGCUGGUCAAGGAGUGGAACCCUGGUCUGUACAACGUCUACGCUGUGAUCAACGCAGUGCUGGAGCACCUGUUGAACUGCGAAAACGACAAAAACAUUUAUCUGGAAGCUUUGGCCAAGUUGUAUAGUUACGAGAAAAAAUAUGACAAGAGCUUGUCCCUAUAUCUCAAGUUAAAACAUAAAGACGUAUUCACCUUGAUCCAGUCCCACAAUUUGUACAGUGUCAUACAAGACAUGUUGGCCGACCUGAUGGAUUUGGAUUACAAAAAAACUGUGUCUCUGUUGCUGGAGAAGAAUACCAUUUCCUCCGACAAGAUUGUGGAAAAAUUGAAGGGGAAUAAGCUGCACCUGUACAGGUAUUUGGACGAAUACGACAAGAAGAACCCGAAGGGCAAUUAUCACAAGGAUUUGGUCGAGUUGUAUGCCAUAUUCGCUAGGGAUAAAUUGCUGCCAUUCCUAAAAAAGUCCGAUCAUUAUCCCAUACAACAGGCCCUGGACAUUUGCCAGAAGGAGAAGUAUUAUCCCGAAAUGGUCUAUCUACUGGGUCGGAUAGGGGAUACCAAGGAAGCGCUGGAUUUGAUCAUAAACAAAUUGAAAGAUAUGCAACAAGCGAUAUCGUUCUGUCAAGAACACGAGGACGUCGACCUUUGGAAUGAUCUGAUAGACCAUUGUCUGGACAAACCAGAGUUUAUCACGUUUCUUCUGCAAAGCAUAGGCACCUACGUCGAUCCCACCUCGUUGAUUUCAAAGAUGAGAGGCGACAUGAAGAUCCCCGGAUUGAAAAAUUCACUCGUAAAGAUGUUGAAUCAGUACAGUUUGCAGGUAUCCGUCCAGGAGGGCUGCAAGAAGAUCCUGGUGUCCGAUUACUUCAAUUUACAGAAGAAGUUGGUUCGCCUCCAUUCCAAAGGCGUGGGCGUGUCGGACGAAGCGGUUUGCGGUUCAUGUCACAGGAAAAUAUUGGAGAAAGGUUCUUCCAGGACGGGCAGCCUCGUGUUAUUCAAUUGCCGGCACUGCUUUCACACCAUCUGCGUGCCCGACAACACAACAGUCUGCGUCGUUUGUUACCCAGCCGAUAAAAACUCGCGCUUACUUACCUAGGUGUGAAGAUUGCGGUCCACCCAGGACACUAUCCGGGAGCCUGCGUUUUUGCCCUCGAUUUCGAAUUCUGAGGACAAAUGGACUACUAACUUGUAACUCGCAUGGUCGUCCGCCUCCCGCUGCGGAUUUACCUCUAAAGCG